UAAAGUCAUAUUUAUUAGUACUAUUCUAAAUUUUAUAUGCCCCACUUUUAUACACAAAAAGAAGCAAGAAAUUAUAAUAUUUUUUGAAAUGAGAAUAAGAAUUUUUUUCUUGACAAUAAAGGAGAAUAAGAAUUAUGGAAUGGAAUAACUUCAAACAAAAGGCACUUUUUUGAAAUUAUAAUUUCCAUUGUUAAUUGAUUAUCAUUCAAGGGACCGAGUAGCUUGUUUAAGUACUUUACUUAACAUAAGCUCUUCUAGAAUCAAAUCUUGAAGCAAAUGUAAAACCGUGUUGGCGUGCAAUAGCCGCUGUCUGUGCCAAUCAGUUUUUUCUUAAUAUGAUAAUGACUGGUUAGAAAGGUUAUGCCUAGUUGUCUUCACCCUAAUAAACAGUGGUACUCCACCUUCAUUUAUAACUUAACUUUUUUUAUGAAAACUUAAUCACUUAUUAUAGCCGCAUCUAUAUUCAUUCCUCUCAUAUUAUCAUUCUUGCAAACAUCAUUUUUGUUAUUCAACCAAACAUGUCAUCAUCAUCUUCUCAAGCUCUCAAAAUUGGCAUAGUUGGGUUUGGCACUUUUGGCCAAUUUCUUGCAAACACAAUGAUAAAACAAGGCCAUACUCUAUUUGCAACUUCUCGAACAGAUUAUUCUCAUCUUUGUCUCCAAAUGGGUAUCCAUUUCUUCAGGGAUAUCACAGCAUUCCUUGAUGCUGAUAUGGAUGUUAUACUGCUAUGUACAUCUAUUUCAUCAUUAUCAGAGGUUGUUGGGUCAAUGCCAUUAAAUUGUCUGAAACGACCAACACUUUUUGUUGACGUUCUUUCAGUUAAAGAGCACCCAAAGAAUCUUCUUUUAAGAGUGCUGCCUGAGGAGUCAGAUAUACUUUGCACACAUCCAAUGUUUGGACCAGUGAGUGGGAAAAAUGGAUGGCAAAAUCUGACUUUCAUGUUUGAUAAAGUUCGAAUUAAGGAUGAAGUUACAUGCUCUAAGUUUCUCCAUAUUUUUGAAAGUGAGGGUUGCAAAAUGGUAGAAAUGUCAUGUGAGGAACAUGACAAAGCAGCUGCAAAGAGUCAAUUUAUCACACACACAAUAGGCAGGGCAUUGGCAGAAAUGGAUAUUAAAAACACCCCUAUUGACACCAAGGGCUUUCAAACACUUGUUGAGUUGAAAAAACCAGUCAUGGGAUGUAGUUUUGAUCUGUAUAGUGGAUUAUACGUAUACAACAGAUUCGCAAGACAAGAGCUGGAAAACCUUGAGCAUGCCCUACAAAAAGUCAAAGAGACGCUGGUCCAAACAAUGGAGGAAGGACAGAACCCAGAAAAAACUGAAAGUUGAUGCACAAUAGGUUUUGUGGAAGAUAUAUCGACGAAUUAUUUAUUUCAAAUUUCAUGUUGUAAUCCCUGCCUUAAAUUACUUUCUCUGUUAUCUUUUGCCAAAUCUAAGUUUGGCCAAAGAACAGAAAGGAAUAGUAUAUGUUCGAUUACAUGUAAUAAAGAUGUUCUGAGAUUCUCUUUCA